AGUGUCACUGUUUACAAACAGCGGCAGCACGUGGCUGAGCGGGCUGGUGGUGUCUCCUCGGCGGGUGUUGGCUGGCUGCUGGGUAAACCAGGAAAAGAAAAACAUGUCUUCCGCCUUAAAGACGUAUGUCGAAAAAUACCUGUUGAAUCCCGGUGCCUCAUUCAACGUUGACGAUGAAGGGAAUCAAGAAACUAAGGCACAGAUUGUUGACUCCUUGCUGGAUGAGGAGAAAGCAGACUCUCAGAAGCAGUCCCUGAGCAAGCUGAGGGCAAGACGUGCUGCCCUUGAGACUGAGAAGGAUCCGCGCUACAGUGGCAAGAAGGUUCUGCGGAAAGACUUGAAAAAAGACAGGGAAGUUGAGUAUGAUCCAGAGCUUUCAAAGUUCUGUGUUUUAGAAGGCAGUGAAGAGGAGGAGGAAGAUGAUGCAGAUGUAGAGGAAGAAGAUGCAGAUGAAGAGGAGGAAGAUGAAGAGAGUGAUGAAGAGGAUCAGAGCAUUGACAAGAAACUCUCACAAAACUUUAAGAAAUUAGGAACACAUAAAUCUAAUGAAGAAAGUGAUGAGGAUGAAGAUGAAGAGAGCAGUGAUGAGAAUGAGGGGAGAAAACUUUAUCAAGGCCCUCAGAAGAAACAAAAAGGAGUCACGUUUAUUGAUGAUGGAGACUUCAGCAAAUUUGCUGAUGACAUGGAUGAUGAUGAUGAUGAAGAUGCGGAUGAGGAAAUUGAGGAAGAAGAGGAGGAAGAUAAUGAUUAUUCAAUGGAAACUGAAGACAGGCACAGAGAAAGUACACUCAAAAAGUUUCGACAAGAAGAUAUGUCAGAGGAGGUGAAGAAAGGACAAGCCGUAAAGAAUCAGCUAGCUAUUUAUGACUCCCUGUUUGAAGGCCGAAUCUGUAUGCAGAAGGUGUUGUCAGCGACCAAUCAGCUGCCUCAGCAUGACACAUACAAACUUUUCCUGAAGGAACAUGAUCAAAAUUAUAUUAAGAAUUUGUCUGCAGCAAAAGCAGCCAGCAAGAAUCUUCUCAAUUCCCUUCUUCAAAUUCAGGAGCUGCUUCUGAGGCAGCACCCCGAGACCAACUACAUUGUGACUGGCAAGACUCCCAAAGACACUGGGUCUGGAAGUGAUGAAGAGAUAACCAGCAGUGAAGAUGAAGAGGAGAAACCAGUGGAAAAUAAAGAAACAGAAGGCUUUCGGGGAUUGAAGCGAAAGAUGAAGGUGGAGGAGUAUGAGGAAGUUCUGAGCAAGAGGCAUGCAGCAGUGUUGCCAUUUAGAGACCAAACCAUUAACAAAUGGUAUGAGAAGACAAAGCUUCUGUCCAGCCGCAUCGCUCGAAACAACAGGUUCAGCAGCUUUGAGACCUCAGCCCUCCAGCAGCUCCAGAACAUUCUCACCAACAAGGAUCAGCUUAUCCGACGUACCCAGCUGACCGGCACCACACGAGGCACCACCUACCAUGUCCUUGGUCGCUGCAAGAAGGACGCUAAGGUGGAGAGUGAAGAGUAUGACCCAGAAAUAUUUGAUGACACUGAUUUUUACACAAGAGCCCUGGAGGAGGUGCUCAAGGCGAAGGUGUCCCUCUCAGACAACAUGACUGAUGUGUCACGUAAAUGGAUUGAGAUUCAAAAUCUACGGAGGAAGGCAAAGAAAAAAGUUGACAAGAAAGCAAGUAAAGGCCGAAAAAUCAGAUACGAGGUGAUGAGCAAGCUGCAGCAGUACAUGGCACCUUCCCAUGGCCCACAGAUGGAUGAUGCUGCCAUCAACACUCUCUUUGCCUCACUCUUUGGCAAGGCCAUUCAGAAGCAAAGAGGACCCAAAUCUGAAUGAAUGGUUAGCACACUCUUAUAUAAAUUCAUCAUUAUAAUGUCCAUGUUCACUCUGUGUAGUAGUAUUCCUCAUCACUGUUGUAGAUUGUUCUUGGCACAAGUUGGGGUUCCACUGGGUUCCAUUACAAUCCAUCAUCUACUUAUAUGAUGAAGAGUUUAUAUAUAAUGACCAAAAUAAAGUAAAUUUGCUGAUUA